UCUUAUACACGUUUACUUACCACACGUGUCCUACAUCAGAAAGCAAAAAAAUGAAAAAAAUACCGGCGUCAUAAUUAUUUCGUGUACUGCUUGCUUUGCGCUGCUUUACCUUCUUCAGUGAAUCUGAUGAUGAUUUUGUGCACGCUGGCAUCGCCACGCCCAGAAAAUUCAAUGGCUUGAUCUACGCACAUCAACAUUGCAACGUGGAAGAAUAAAUUGUGUUGAUUACUGCAGUUUUCCGGGAAGUUGUGAUACAUCAAGAUGUGGCGAUUUCUCAACGGAAGAUGGAAUUCUUUUCAUUAUUUAUUAUUCAUUUUGGCGAUUUUAGUAAUUACAUUGGGAAGCGUGACCUUCUUUACACAAAAUCAGAUCAUCGAUCAGUCCGAAGAAUAUUCCAAGGAAAACUCCAUCGAAUUCGAUAAAACACCGGCAGAUUCUUCCAUGAAAUACGACAGUAAUUUCCGUCUGCAGAAUUUAUUGGACAAAUACGAGCGGAUAAAAAGCAGCGUUCACGAUACGGCAAACGCCGCCACAGCAGCCGUUAUUACGCCGGUAAAUGUGGAAAAGAAGGAUACGUUGGAACAAGUUCUGGAUUGUCCCCGAAUGACGCGCAAAAGAUGGCCGUGGUACGGCACACCGGCGUAUCACGUGAUCAAGGAUGAGCACCAAGCGUGGAGCUGGGUGAAGACGUUCCUAGCGGCUGCUUGCGAGGGAUGCCGCAAUGCGACGGAAGAGGGAUUGCUGCAACGGAUGAUGCUGCAGGCGAAUCAGCAUUUAGCGUCCUCAUUGAGCAGCAGAAAAAUCGCAUCCUUACGCUUUGCUCCAGUGAACGCUUCCGUUAUCGAUGAGCGGAUUACUUCCCUGGUUAGCGACCCACAAACCCAGAUUCAGCGCACCGUCAUUCCGCGUUCCUUCUGCACCAACGACACCAACUGCCUUCCCGCACCCUUCCUUCCGCUGCGGACGACGUCCGACGUUCUUUCGCUAACCGGCUCGCUUGACGAUUUGCACGAUAUGACGCAAAUCAUCACGUGCUCGUCUGCUGAAUUCCUCUUCACUACACUAUACACAGAACCGAAAGACGACAUAAACAACGACCGGUACGCCACGAUGUUUUAUGACUGGCUCAACGUCAUGUACUUCGAGUACGACUGGAUUCCGCUGGCAACCAACGAGCAGACAUGCCAGGCGCGUUUUAACUGCAGCAUAUGGAUUGCCUGGCGGAAGUGGAAGGAAGGGGAAAGACUGGAGUUCCUUCCGCCGGCGGCCGACGGGACAUUGCCGUAUGAGGUGGAGCGGUUGAGCAGCUUCUUCUCCAAUCCUGACCCGGGAGCAUGUUAUCGCCGCGAGCAUUUUGGUGGAACAUACGAUCAUGAAACGGCACAGUCCAAAAUAGAUGGCCGAUACACGUUAUGUAUGGACCGCUUCCCCAACCGCUCUCCGGAGGACUGUCUGGUGUACUCCUUCGGCAUUCGCGACGACUGGCGCUUCGAUGACCAAAUGCACAGUCUCGGCUGCAGCGUGGCCUCAUUCGACCCCAGCCUGUAUCAAAACUCCUCGCAACGCGCCGCCCACCACUUCUUCUACAAAUGGGGCCUGGUCACCAGCCCCGAACACAUGAGCGGCAACACUCCGCCCGCCGAAUGGACCCUCAAGACCGUCAACCAGAUCCGCCGGGAUCUUAACCACACCCACAGGAAACUCGACGUCCUCAAGAUGGACUGCGAAAGCCCGGAGAUGACCUUUCUGGACGCGCCCGACGCUUGGGAGGUAUUGGCAAAUGUUGGGCAGUUAGCGCUGGAGCUGCAUUGGUUGCCGCCCGGUUGGCAGGUGGCGCCCAAGGAUUUUGAUGGGGCGCGGGUGCUGCGCAAUAUGGCGCGCAUCGUGCACCGCGUGGAGAAGAUGGGUUUUGUGAUGUUCUUCUCCCGGCCGACGCCGAAAUGGGUGGGCUUCGAUUUCCGGGCGUAUAAUCGCACGGUGACCCCGGUGAGCGGGGCGGAGGCGUUUGUGUAUGAGGUGUCGUUUCUGAACAGUAACGCGGUGGGCAAAAAAAGUCGCGGCGGCGCUGUACUACAGAUAUGAGGCAGCUUCGAGACUCAGUUUGCACGGUGUCUGUCAGUAUAAUACUAUUUUGCUUCCCGAUCCUUUGAAGGACGGCUGAGAUAAUUAUACUAAUCGCGUGUUGGGUACCGCCAGUAGCGUCGAGCGUGGUCACUACAUCGACUGACGCGCUUUGGAUGAAUAUGCAUUAAUGAUGGUUGACCAGUAGGCAGUGAGCGCCGCUGGAUGUUGAGAAAUGCCAGGUCGAAAUAAGA